AUGCUCUACUCGCUUAUCCUUCUCCUUUUGCCUCCAUAAAAGAUAACAGAAGACCAGACCGAAUUCUGGGAAUUCGUUCUGGGCUAAGAUUAUUUGCUCUUUAUGUUACAGCGGUGCUGGGAAAGUAUAAUUGACGAUAAAUCUUCGUGUUAUGGUACCCGGUAUGGCAUAUAAGAAUGUUGUAGGAAAAAUGGGACUUGUUUUGUUUGAAGUUCGGGUAUUCAAGGUUUUGUCUUUGUUUUCUGCAUUAAGUUUUUUUCUUUUCUCUUUGUUCAUGUCUAAUUGGUAACUGGAUGAUUUUGAGUUCGAUCAUAUAAUUAUUUCUUAAAGUCAAAUCCUUUUUUAUGUAAGGAUUUCUUAAACUUAAUCCCUAAGUAUGGAUUCACAGGUAUUGUUUAUAAAUACACAAUCAGAUUCAAACUGGGAUUAGAAUCCGAUGUCUUCGUUUGAGAGUUGGAUCUUUUUAUAUGUGAUCUUAAUCAGAUCUGGAUCUUGAUUGCCACCUGACCCAUCUGCAGUAGCUUUAGAAAAUGAUAUUUUAAAUUGUAAGUUUUAGCUUUCGAAAUUCAGACAAAGCCUGCUUCUGCUGAAUGGCAGUUGGGAACAGUUUUACAACAUGUCAGCCUCUUUUAUUUCCCUGGACUUGAUAACUGUUAUUGUCUUCAUGACAAUGGGAACGUCAUUAAGAUUGGUUAUAAAUUAGUUAUUGCAUCAAAUUUAUAGCGGUUGGCAUGAUGUUGAUUAUAAUUUAUGUGGUAUUUCUCGAUUGUGUUUCACUAAUUUAUCAUCCUCUCGAUUCGGUGGUUGGAAAUGGGGGAGAAUGGUAAAUUCAGUACUUGCAGCUAUUGCCUGUGUUCAAAGAAAUCCAUUCUUGGCUUAAGCUUACAUACAGAUUCUGUUGAUUCUGUGCCGGCAGAAUUGCGAGCAACGUACAGUCAGUUUUCUAAACCAUGGUGAUUCAUUAAACAGUUGCAGCAAUUUUUCUAGGAAUAGUUGUUGUGAUUAUGGGUGUCAGUGGUGCUGGGAAAUCCACUAUAGGUGAGUUGCUGGCAAAAGCUAUGAAUUGCAGUUUUCAUGAUGCUGAUGAUUAUCAUCCACCAUCAAAUAAAGAAAAGAUGCAGAAAGGAAUCCCUCUUUCAGAUGAAGACAGGAUUCCUUGGCUUGAAACAUUAGGGAAUACCUUACGUGAGAGCUUAGUCAGUGAAAAAAGUGUGAUUCUCGCAUGUUCUGCUCUUCAAAGGCGAUACAGAGACAUUCUCAGAUCUGCGGACCCAAAUUAUGUGGCGGGAAGCCUUGCCGGUGUGGUAAAGUUUGUUUUGCUGGAUGCUGGGAGUGAGGUGCUCGCUGCUCGUUUAGAGAAAAGAGCUGCAGAAGGCAAGCAUUUCAUGCCGGCUGAGCUUUUGCAAUCUCAGUUAGACUUGCUUCAGAUAGAUGAAUCCGAAGGAAUAUUAAAGGUAGAUGCCACUCUCAGUCCACAGACUAUUGUAAAUAUCAUAUACACAUGGAUAUUGUAAGAAUCUGUAAGAGUCUCUCCCACAAUCCAUGGGGUCUUGUCUUUGUUCAGCAUCUGAUCCGAAAGCAUUCCCAGGAAUGAUUAUGUUAAACUGUCACCAUAUAUUUAGGAAACAAGAUGAUUAAAGUCGUGCAUUUGGUGCAUGACAGGAGAUUUUAUGAUGUUCGGAAUUUCUUUCAGAUUAUGGAACGUGAUCUGUGUUUGAUUGAUGAGAAAGUUAUGCAGGGCAGGGCAAUCUUUGUUAUCA